CAAUGAUCAAUACGACGACAAAAAGAGAGGAAAGCUUUUUGACUACAAAAGUAUCUGAUCGAGUGAUUACAGUUGAAAAUGAAUAAAGAUCAACUUACAACUUUGUUAGAAGAAAUUAUUUGACAACUACAUUUGCUACAUUAGCAAACAGACAAACAAAUGGAGUCUAUAAUGUUGCUUUUAAUACUUCAUGUUGCCAACCUUGUCCAUAGCCUUGUCCUUAACCUUAAGCAAUGCCAAUGCCAAUUUAUAUUCCAAUGCCAUACCCAUAAUAAUGCGAAAAAGAAUGUCAUUGUGAGGAAGAAGAAAAAUAUAAAGAGGAAGUCCUUAUUUUGAGAAAAAGAGUUGCUGAAUUAUUAAGUAGAUAACCAUAAGUAAAAGUGGAAAAAGAAACAGUCAAAGUUGAAAAUACAACUAGAGUAUUUCAGCAAUAUAAAAUUUUAGAUAGCUGAUUUGUAAAUGGACAUUGAAAGAUUAAAAAUAAAUCUUAGAAAUGAAUAAGAUAGAUUGAGAUAAAAGGAAGGAGAAUAUUUAGUAUUAAGAAGUGAUAAUUCAUCUUAAUCUUUGAAAGAUAGAUUGGCACUUUUUGAAGUAUUUUUAUAUUAUUAAAAUAGAGCUAAUUAUACAAUUCAAAAUUAGAAUUAGAAAAACUCUAAGGUGAUCUUAGAUAGAAGUUAGAAGAAUUAAAUGAAUGGGAAUAAAGAUAUCAACAUAUGGAAAGCACUGUUACUGUAGAAAGUACUGAAACAUAGACUUUAACUAAUGUAAUCUCUUAUUCUCUAUGAAGGAAGUUGAAGUUUGGAGGACAAGAUUUAAGAAAUUAAACAAUGAUUUUUUUGAAACAUAAGAAAAAUUGAUUAUGGCAUAAGCUGAAUUAGAAGCACUUAAAAAAGGUGGAGUAACUGAAGUUAAAUCAGUUACUGUAUAAUAGAAUGUGACUAGUUCCUCAGUUAAUAGAGUAAUUGAAUAAUCCUCAAGAGGAUCUAGAGUCAUUGAUUAAAAUCUAGUUGGAAAAUUAUAUCCUUGAAAGU